AUGGUGGCCCCUCUUGGAGGGGAUACCCUCCCUACCCCUACCCCCACCAUGCCUGCUACUCUAAAUGCCGAGACCCAGGCCUCUACGUCCUGGUGGUCCGUAAUGGAGAAGGUGAUUGAUCUAAACCUGGCAAAGGAGGAUGCGCUGGGGAAGGAUCCAAUCCUCUACCCAAACACCUCCUCCACCACCACCACUACAACCACUACCACCACCAACGCCCUUGGUGGCCCACUCCGAGGAGGGACCAAAGGGUAA